AUGGGACAAGAAACUUGUGGCUUUAGGCCUCGGCCUUUGGCCCGGGGCUUAUUGUCGAUUCUUCUGAUGGUCUUCCUGUCUCCUAUCCUCGUAGCGUCGGCUGGCCCAGAGAUUGGGAUACGUCGCGGCGCCGAGUUAACCAGAAGGGCUAUCCCGGAAUCAGUCGAUGUACUCGGUGUCUCAGCAGUAGAGCCGAACCACCUCAGCCUCUUUGGCCGGGCUGAUCGCGACGAUGACCAUACGUGCGCCGAGGGCAGACCGUGCAAGAACAAGGCGUGCUGUGGAUCUAGCGGAGUGUGCGGCUACGGCCCGGUAUACUGCGGUAAUGGAUGCUCGUCUAACUGCGACGCCAAGGCCGAGUGCGGUCAGUAUUCGAUCGACGGCAAGACUGAGUGUCCGCUCAACGUGUGCUGCUCCGAAUUUGGCUUCUGCGGCACGACGACCGAGUUUUGCGACCCGGGCAGUGGCUGUCAAUCCAACUGUGGAAACCCGUCUAGCCCCGGCUCCGGCGGCAAUGUCCGCUCUCAGAUCAUCGGCUACUACGAGUCCUGGCGCGCAUACGCCGACACGUGCGGAGCCUUGAAGCCAGCCGAUAUCCCCGUGACUGCUUUGGACAUGGUCAAUUUCGCUUUUGCUUAUAUUGAUCCGCGAGAUCUCACUAUUAUUCCAAUGGUUGGUGAAGAUGGUUCUCAAUUGAGCGAUGCCGAUGCCAAGAAGCUUUACACCGAGGUCACCGCUGCUAAACUUCGCAAUCCCAAACUGGGUGUGUGGUUGGCCAUCGGUGGGUGGACUUUUAGCGAUAACGGUACUGAUUUUCAACCCGUCUUUGGACAAAUCGCGUCCAGCUCAAUAGCCAGACAAGAGUUUUCCCGCAAUCUAGUCGCGUUUAUGAGCGAGUACGGAUUUGACGGUGUUGAUAUCGACUGGGAGUAUCCCGGAGCACCCGAUCGGGGUGGCACCGAUGCGGAUAUUAAAAACUUCCCGCUGCUCCUCGAGGAGAUCCGAAAAGCCUUUAAUGAUAACCGUCACGGCACCUGGGGUAUCUCUAUUACGGCGCCGAGCUCAUACUGGUACCUCCGAUGGUUCGAUCUGCCGGCGCUAGCUAAGCAUGUCAACUUCAUCAACCUGAUGAGUUACGACUUGCACGGUAUCUGGGAUAAAGAAAAUGAGAUUGGCAACCAGAUUUUGGCUCACACCAAUUUGACUGAAGUCGACCAGGCCCUGCAGCUGUUCUGGCGCAGUGAUAUUUCCCCAGCCUUAAUCAAUCUCGGUAUCGCUUUCUAUGGACGCUCGUACACGCUGAGCGACUCCUCAUGCUCGAAGCCCGGAUGUAAGUUCAAGGACCCAGGUGCUAAGGGAAAAUGCAGCAACACACCAGGCUACCUCUCUUACCGAGAGAUCAUGGACAAGAUUAAUGAGGCCGGUGGCGAUGCGGCCGAGACGUGGGACAAGGAAGCCGGAGUCAAGAUGGUUGUAUACGACAGCAACAACUGGAUCUCGUACGAUGAUAGUACUACAUUUCAACAAAAGGUUGACUUCGCCAACGAGCGUGGGCUCGCGGGUAUAAUGGUUUGGGCUGUCGACCAGGACGACGACGGGUUCAAUGCUCUGAAAGCCCUGUCUGGUAAGAAUAUCGAUUCGUUGGUGCCCGAGAGCGAUACUCUUGGCGAGUUUGAUCUUUCAAGAUGCUACUACACUGAUUGCGGAGGCGAAUGUACUAAGCACACUGGGUACAAGGAGAUGACAAGACUCAAUCUGGACAGCCAUGGCCGCGGAUGCCCCAAUUCUGGCAAGGACUCGAAGCAGAGAGCCCUGUGUUGUCCUCCAUGGGGUGCGCCAGACCCAGGAACGUGCCACUGGACCGAUAGCUGCUCGGGCGACUGCAACGAGGGCGAGGCAACUUUAGCCCUCGACAACUUUGGUGGCAAGGACUGGUGUAGGUUCAACAGAUACCAGUUUUGCUGUCCAGCCUCCAACGUCGAAAAGGCUGUAAAGGCAUGCGACUGGGUCCACGGAGACUGCCCCAAAGAUAAGCCGCAAUAUCUCACCUGGUCGGGUAACUCGAAACUGUGCUGCCCGGAGAAGCCCAAGUUCAAGAAAAGCACUUGCGACUGGCAUGGAACCGCCGUAUACUGCAACAACGUGAACUGUCCUGUGGGUCAAAUCACAGUGGCAACGAGUUCAUGGGCCACUCCCAUCAAAGGCAGCAAUGUCGAUUCCAAUGGUUGUUACUUUGGCGGCAAAAAAUCUUAUUGCUGCGAUUCCCCCGUCGGAGACGCGAAUUCUGCCGGUUUGCUACCGGUGUCCCUCGACAACCUCUUUCCUGAAGCGGACGAGAUUCCCGCUUCUGACGAAACCGAGUUCAAGGAAUCCCUUGAUGGCACUUGGUCGUGGGAUAUCGACCCGGAUAAUACGCCCUUUGCCUGGGUCGUGAUGGUAGGCCCCGAAGGCAGCGUCCAAUCGCUCCGUAAACGCGACGGUUCUUUCCUAGAAACAUUCGACUGCCCCAACCCAUCACCAGAAGACUACAGCGUGCAAACAUUCCGAGCCGUGUGCACAGCCGGACCCGACGAUGUCGACCAUGACUGCGAGGACCUUUUACUAGGCGACGGCGCGCACGGCACCAUUGCCCGCCUGCCGCGCGAGUGUGGUCCAGACGAAUGGGUGCGAGUCGUCUCAUUCCGCGAGAUUUCCAACACCACCGUGCCGCGCCACCUCGUCAAGCGCAUGGUACCUGGACCCCACGCUAAGGUUUAUGAAAUCCAAUACGACUACCAGAUCCGCGACGUAGCGUCCCCGGAAGAGAUCUUCGUGCGUAUCGACAGCUCGACGCACGAGGGGUACUGGAAUGGCGUUGUCGAGUCCGAGGGCAAGGGCAAGCGGACCGUCGUGGAUGGUAAAAGACAGAACUGGCGCGAGCCGCAUCUAGAAUGGUUCCGACGGCACGAGCUACGCAAGCGUGGUUUCGGUGACCUAGAAUGGUGGAAGAACCUGUUCAAGGGGUUCAUCUCCGACGGCGCCAUCAGUAGUAGCGAGAAGGCCGUUUACGAGUUUGACCAGGUGCUGUACCAGGCGUCCAUCAGCUGCCCGCCGACGUUUGACGCGACGAUGAAGGCAAGAGUGGCUGGAGGGCUAAACGCGGAUCUCGACUGGGGUAUUAGUCUGAUCGGAACCGUCAAGGACACCAAGUUCGAGCAGUCGUACGCCUACUUCUCCAUCAAAAGGUUCACUGCCAAUGCCCAGACGUACCUUGAGGGCUCGGCUCAAUUCACGUUUGAGUCUAAGGAGACUCACUUGCUCAAGAACUUCGCGCCUUGGGGAGGAAGUUUUAACAUAAAGGGUCUUGUUACAGUUGGGCCUUUCAUGGACGUCACGGCGCAGAUAAACGCCAUUGCGACGCUUUCCGGGAAAUUUGGAAGUGGCACGACGAUAUCCAAUUCCGACAUAUACGGCGAGAAUGUGAAAGCCCUAACGUGGAUGUAUCCUCCGCAAAUGGACGUCCUCCCGGAAUCUGACUCGCUGCGUUCGGGUGUGUUCCCGUCUGAUGUGUCAGUGGAGCCGAGCUACGAGGUGUCGGUCGCAGCGAAGGGCAGCGUGGCCCUCACAUUGACGCCUAGUGUGGCGUUCAAAAUACAGGUCGACAUCAGCGGAGCAUCAAAGCUACUCAAGACCGAUACGCACAUUACGGCCGCCUUCCAGAACCGUAUGGUCAUCGGCGUUGGUACCGACGACUCGUGCUCCAAGGGUCUGCAGUACUGGGUGGACUAUGAGCAGCAGUUCAGGAUAAUCACCAACGCACCCGCCCUGGGAUGGGACAUGGAUACUAAGAACAUAUACAAGAGCAGCAAGCAGCUGCUCGCUCCAAAGUGUUACAAGUUCACCUCGGACAAUAAAGCCCGCCGAGAAAUCGACUACAACGCUACCUGGACACCACCGGACAUGUCCAUGGGAUUGAUCCGUGCCCGUGCCGACGACGAGCUAGCCGUGAACCCGCUAUUCCCCGAUCCGACCGGCUCGUGCCUCGUCUGCGCGCGAGACACAUACGUUGAUGACAGCCCGUGCGGUGCUCUUUUCGACGAGAACGGAAAUCAAAUCGAUCCGGGCUGUGACAGCGACGGGCAAACCGAUGAGGGCUCUGGGUCGACGAAGAAGCGUGCCAUCGACUCGUUGGCGCAAAUCCGACCCGAGUACGCCGAACACCAAAAGUGGUUCGAGAAGCGGGCGAUCGAGAAGCGCGGUGACAAGGAAGGCUUCACCCUCUGCGAGAUUAAAGCUGGGGCAUACAACCCGGCCAUUAACGUUGCGAGGCUGUACUUCCCGUCGAGCGGCAAUGUGAUGGACGGCGACACAGGCGGCAACUACCAGACGUAUGCGCCAGACGACAAGGAUGACAUGCUUAACUAUGGCUUUCAAGCACAGCCCACACCACCGAGAUCUGACUCAGGGAAAUAUAAUGCCGAGCAUGCACUUGAACACCAAACGGUGAAGUCAUUUCUUGUAGCAUUCACAAAAAGUAUGAUGAGGCGCGGCCUCGCGGCGCCCAACACCGCGAGUGACGCCUGGAAGGAUGCGCAUACGACUAAGCGUGACUCAUGGCUCAAAGAAAGACAGUGGACCUUCUGCAUGCAUAUGAAGUUCUGGCUUGACAUGAUCCCGCUCACAGCGACAUGGUUAGACAACAAUGAAUACCAACAUCCCAGCGGCGCUCUCAGCCAGACCAUCAUGAAGGCCCUGCCAAAUAACGACCAUUAUGGGGCGGAGAUGCCGCUGCUCGACAUAGAUACUAACUCGGUGAAGGAAGCGGCAUGGAACGAUGGAGUAGAAGACAUCCGAAGAGUGGAAGGUUGCCUGAAGAAGAAUCCACCGCAAUACGCCCGCGCCAUCUGCUCCAUGCGCAAGGCUGUCUUCGUCCUCCAAUACCACCAUCUCAUCGAGGACACACUUAGGAGGCAGGCCAAUCGUAUUGUUACCUUUCUUGAUUCCAUGGAAGACGCAGCAGCCAAUUACAACGGCGCGGCAAUCACCAACGGCGCGACCUACCAACGGAUAGAGAUCUCGCGGUACUUCAAGCGAUGGAUGUACGAGCACACAGCGACGGCAGCCCUGAAAAUGGGCGGUCUGCUGAACCAGAACAUUGAGGCCGUCGAGAACCGCAUCCAAAACCCCGGACCCCCCGGUGGUAACCCAGCCGGCGGCGGUACCACUACCGGCGCCACUCAAGGUAACGCGCAGAUCCUGGCCCAGCUGCAAGCGCUGAAGGACGGGUACGCUGGUACGGGACCGUGGGAUAAUCCGUUCCCCGCGGCAUGGGCGAAUGAGCUGCCUCUAUAG